AUGCCACCAGGGAAGAAAGCGGAGCAGAAGCGAAAGGAGAAGAUCGUCGAGGACAAGACCUUCGGGUUGAAAAACAAAAACCGCAGCGCGAAGGUCCAGGCCUACGUCCAGCAGGUCCAGAAGACCGUCAAUCAGCGCCACCCGAACGACCGCAAGGCCGCCGCCGACGCCGAGGAGCGGCGGCGCGCGAAGGAGGAGAAAAAAGCCCGCGAGGCGGAACUUGCGAAGCUCUUCCACAACGUCGAUCAACAGCAACGCCGGCGUAAAGACGAAGACGCGGGAGGGGAAGGGGAAGGCGACGGCGACGCAGGGGCGUACGUCUACGACCCCGACGCCUAUCUCUUCCGUCCGGAGGACUUCGACGAGGUCGAGCACGACGCGCGUCGGCUGGAGGAGCGGCUGGAGGCCGAGCGCGAGGCCCUCCACGGGCGGGACGAUUUAACCCCCGUGACGGAGCGGACGUUUCAGGCGUGGAAGGCCGCGAAACGCGCGGAGGCCGCCGCGAAGGAGGCCGCGCGGGUCCGUCAGGCGAAGGCCGGCCACGGCACCCUGCGUGGGUGGGACCUCUGGCAGCUCAACCAACACCUCUUCGUCGACGACGACCAGGCCGACGAGUUCUACGAGCGCGAGGUCUUCUCCGACGGGGAGGGGGAAGAGGACGCGUAUGAUCUGUCCUAG